AUGGAAAAGUAUGGAGUUCCAGAGAUUAUACGCAUUGUGAGGCUGUUUUAUGGAGAUUUCCAGUGUGCGGUCGAAGAUCAGGGUGAAAUAGGAGAAUGGUUCAACAUAAAGACGGGGGUAAAGCAAGGUUGCAAUAUGUCGGGCUUUAUGUUUCUAUUGGUCAUGGACUGGAUAUUGCGAAGGUCAGUUGGAAAAGGAGAAAAUGGAAUACGAUGGAAAUUUACAUCUAAACUGGACGAUCUAGACUUUGCGGACAACAUAGCAUUGCUUUGCUCAACAAAACACCAUAUUCAGGAGAAGACAGCAAAGCUGGACGGCGAGGCUAGGCGAGCGGGAUUGAAAAUAAACUUAGAAAAGACGAAGAUGCUAAGGAUAAAUGCCAAACAGCAUGGAAAUAUUGUGAUCAAUGGAAAAGAAAUCGAAGACGUCAGCGAGUUUACGUACCUAGGAGCAAAAGUUUGCAGAGAGGGUGGUGGAAUGAAAGAUCUCAGAAAUAGAUUAUCAAAAGCAAGGAGUGUGUACACAAGGCUGAAACGUAUAUGUAACUCAAAGAAGAUCAUGAGACGGACAAAGAUAAAGCUUUACAAGCCGUUGGUACUUUCGGUUUUAUUGUACGGUUGCGAGACGUGGAAGAUGAACAAGAAAGAUGAUAAAUUGCUAGAUGUAUUCCAACAGAAGUGUUUGAGAAGGAUAUUGAAGAUUAGUUGGGAAGACCAUGUAACGAAUGAAGAGGUACAGAGAAGAACUGGAGUACAUCAAUUGAGCAGUGAAGUGAAGAGACGGCGAUGGAAAAUGUCGGACACGUGUUGAGACAAGGAAGAGAAAAUGACUGCAGCGUAGCAUUAACUUGGACACCAGAAGGCAGAAGGAAACAGGGAAGACCCAAAAUAACAUGGCGAAGGACUGUGGAAAAGGAGAGAGGCGAGGUGGGGUGGAGGAACUGGGACGAGGUGCGGACAAAAGCAGCAGACAGGGAAAAGUGAAAAAGCACUGUGAAGGCCCUAUGUGCCACACGGCACGAGGAGGACAGGCAACAGGUAACAGGAGGAAUGACUCCCCCCAUCCAGACGCGCUUGCUGCCUUAGGAUGGGACACUUUAGAAGAACAAUGGGCAAAAUCUAAAUCUAAAACAAUGUUUAAAGCAUUGAAGGGUCAAGCCCCAGAAUGUUUAACCAAAUUAUUUAAGUUCAAAAAUGAAGUUACUAAAAUUGAUCUCAGGGGUUCAA